AUGGCAACAUCGAUCACCCGCUCUCCUGGCGACCCCUCCUCCUUUCAAAUCUUCCGUGACAGCCCUCAACUGCGCCGGUUGCGGCAACAGUUGCUGAAAGAUGAUCAAAGUGUUGGAUUUGUGCCAACAAUGGGUGCUCUCCAUGAGGGCCAUCUCUCGUUAAUUCGAGCAGCUGCCUGUGAGAACACCAACGUUUUCAUCAGUAUCUUUGUCAAUCCCACUCAAUUUGGGGUCAAUGAAGACUUUUCAAGCUACCCAUGCACCUGGGAGAGUGACAUAGAAAGGCUAGAGAAGUUGAACAAGGAGUUUAUUAGUUCUGGUUCACCCACAGGACGAAUUUCGGCCGUGUUUGCCCCUACUUCGAAAGUGAUGUACCCGAAUUUGCCACCUUCGUCCGAAAUCGACGGUGAUGGUUCUUUCGUUACUGUAACCCCGCUGUCAAAGAAACUAGAGGGUGAAUCCCGUCCUGUCUUCUUUCGUGGCGUGGCAACUGUCUGCAUGAAACUAUUCAAUGUCACGACUCCCGAUCGCGUCUACUUCGGCCAAAAAGAUUUCCAACAGACCGUUAUUAUCAAGAGAAUGGUCCAGGAUUUGCACGUUGGUACCGAGGUGCGUGUUGUGAGUACUGCACGCGAAGUCAACGGCCUGGCUCUCAGCUCUCGCAACGCCUACCUUGGUGACCGAAGACGCAGAGCUGGGUGUACCAUCUUUAGGGCCUUUAAAGCCGCUGAUGAGGCAUACCGAGGAGGAAAAACGUCCCGUGUAGACAUUCUGCGGGCCGCUCAGAGUGUAUUAGAUCGGGUGUUCGCCGAGCAGCAAGCUCUCUCCCCAUCUGAGCGGUAUUUGUUCGAAAUUGACUAUAUCUCUCUUGCCGACUCUAACACGUUAGAGGAACUGGAUAUCGUUGACCAUAUCAAAGGAGCCGUGAUAAGUGCCGCUUUGAAGAUGGCACCCUUGGAAGAGACGGUGCCCAAUGAAGAAUGCGGACUUGGCGAUGGCAAGGUUUUCGUGCGAUUGAUCGAUAAUUGGAUGCUUCAGGCUGAGAAUUAA